ACCGGUUUCUACGAACAGCUCUUUUAAAAAUCUGUUGUUGUUUGUUAUUUACUUUGUCCUACUGGCUCAUUUUCUCGGUCGUAGUCUCUUUGUAUCUAAAACACUGGCAAUCGCUCUUUGACCUAAGCCCCUUUCUGGCUCAUCCAUCAUCCAUCAACUCUCCUUCUGAUCUUCUAACAACAAGAGACAACAAGUAUGCUUCCGACCACAAUCAAGAUUUCUAGUAUGAGUAUGGCUACUUCAGAGAAAGUGGAAGAACGAGUGGACAGCGAUGGCACAGUGAUCAAGACCACCACGACGACAACGCGCAAGUUGGACGGCACCAAAGUAACCAAGCGCAAAGUCAGUCGCAGCAAGACACCACCUCCAUGUAGUAUGGACUCGAGCAUGAGCAGUCAUGCUAGAAGUACGCCUCGUCGGUGCAAAACGCCCACGCCAUUGGGUCGUCACAGUACCGGCAGUCGCAAUGUCAUGACGGGCACGCCGGCCACCAACAAUCCGUUGGAGCGCAUGAAAGGAGCGUUGCAAUUGAAUCACAUGCCGAGUAUGAUGGAUUUCAAUCGUCAUUCCGAUACGGCCUUGUUGGAGUCGGCUGUCAAGCGGUGUAUUCCGUCCGAGUUCAUUCUACUAGCGAGUCAAGAUGAAGUCACACAAGCGCAAGAAGACUACUUUGCCAUGGAUCACUACAAACUGCCAAAGUUAGCGUGCAUUAACAAGGACAACAAGGCUGGUUCGGUGGCGACCUCUGCCUUUUUGGAGUUGUUGUUUGAACAGCCCAAACGAUUUACAGGAAUCAGUCACAUGAUGACGUGUCAUCAACUCCUCCAGACGCUUCAACGAAAAAUCAAAAUUGGAUCCAAACUCCACAAUGCUCGUCCCACCAUGUCGUCGUCACGACCACUGGGACCUCCUCGUCUGGCAGAACGACAGUAUCAGCAUUUUGCCAUUGUCCCACCCAAGUAUUCCACGGGAACACGACGGGCGCUUCUCAUUGGAGUCGUUUCCGGAGAAGGUCCUGAUCUCAAAGCACCGCCCAAUGACGUGCUCCUCAUGAAACACUUUCUCAUCAAAUACGCCGGAUUUAAAGAAUCCAACAUUACCAUACUCCUCGAAAAUGAUCCCCACAAUUACAAAUCGCCCACCAAAGCCAAUAUUCUCGCAGGAUUCGCCAAACUGGUCCAAUUGAGUAAACGCAACGACAUUAAUUUCAUUCAAUACAGUGGCCACGGAGGACGCACGCCCCACAAUCUUCACAUGAUUCCUGCCGAUAACCAAAAAGCCGGUGCGAUUCGCGAUGAAGAUAUCAUGAAAGAUCUCGUCAAGGCCAUGCCCGCCGGUGUCUAUACCAGUAUGCUCGUCGAUUGUUGUUACAGUGGCACCAUGGGCGAUUUGCCCUACAUUCUCAAAUCCAACAAGGCCCUUCAAGAAAUUGAAAUUUACUUUGAUACCGAUACGCGUCAAGAAAUGCUCGAUCAAGAACGCAUGGGUGGAGAUGCGUAUACACAAAUGAAACGAGAACGCAAUACCCAACGAUUGUUGUUCAAUUUGGAUCCCAUGAAACUCGUGGAAAAUGCCGCCGUGGCUGCAUCGGCAGCGGUCCAACGCACCAGUGCGGCGGCAGCGGCCAGUAGUGCACUGGCGGCGGAUACCAUGAAACGCACCAGUGCUGCCGCGGCGCAACAAACGGCGGCAGCGGCUGCUACGGCGGCCGAUACUAUGAAACGCACCAGUGCCGUGGCGGCACAACAAAGUGCCAUUGCGGCGGAUCACAUGAAACGAACCAGUGUGGCCGUCGGAGCACGACUUUCGGAUUUCUCCGCCACGGCAUCGUCCAUGUUGUCCGACAUGUCGUUUCGAGACUUGUCGAGCAUGUCCUUUCGGGGAGACAUGUCGUUUCGAGGCGAUGCUUCGUUUCGAGGCGAUGCGUCCUUGCACGAUUUGUCCGAUCAUAAUCCUCCUCAGCCAAGAAACAGCAGUGGCGUUGACCCGUUCGGCUUGAAAGGAUGGUCCACGCAUUCCAGAGAUUCUACUGCCUCCACCGCCAGUUUGAGUACACUGGGUAGUGCCGUGUCGGAACGACUCUCGGGGGCUGUCAAGCGAUUGCCACGGGUCAAGUCCAGUGAUGGAACCAAUAAUACGGAAGGAAUGCCACGCCGGACACUGAAGGGACGUUCCAAAUCCAGCGAUGGGUCCGACAAGGAUCGAUUCACGUACAAGCGGGAUUCUGCUGCCGGCGGUAAGAAACCCACCAAACCAACCACCACCACCACCGAAACGACGACGACUCCCAAGAGUCCUCGUCGAGCCAAGUCGACCGAUGGAUCCGAUGGACGAUUCACUUACAAACGAGACUCUGCCUCGGGCAAAAAGAAACCAACCGCAACUACUGGUACCAGUAAGGAAGACCCACCGGCAUUGAAGCAAAUUCCCAAGCGGGCCAAAUCAACCGAUGGAAGCGACCAUGUCUACACCCGCAAGAGCAAGGACAAGUCGCCCAUGCGAACUCGUCGGGAUGCGCCGGGAACUGCAACAUCAUCACCCAAAAAGACAACGUCAUCAUCUCGCAAGGAGGCACGAACCAAGCAAUCGCCGCCGUCCAUUCAAAAGACUGCGUCGGCCGAAGAUGCCGAAGAAGCCGCGCGACGAGAAGCCGUCGAACGAUCGCGACGAGAAGCGGCGGCGGCACGAGCCGCGGCCAAAAAGUUGAGGCAGUGAGCAGGAACAACCAACAAGACAAAAAGACAAAACGAGGACUGACUUCAAGACUCGAGCCUCGUAGGAAACAGCGAACCACGGCAUGGUUACCCACGCUACAUUGCAGAUACAUACAAGACUACACUAGUAGUAAUAUAAAUUAUGUAAUUCAUAGUCCUUUCCUUGCCUUC